AAUGAUUAGUGAGAUGCGCAGGUUUUUGAAAUCUAAUGUUCGCACUUUUUUAACGUGUUUUUUACCGUUGGGACAUAAUGUGACGUUCCGGAUGAUUUUUAUUGUGUUAUAAGGACAUUAAAAUGUGGGUGGACGGCAUUUUUAUCAAAUAUCUCCGUCACACAAAAUUUUCUGCCAUCCAAUGCAUAAUAAUUCUCGUAUUGCUUUUCUGCCAAAUUAUUUACUCGGAAUUUUCUACAUUCUCUCCGGUGUCGUCUGACGAUUCCCACGUUCCAUUCAAAUUCACUUCAUCUUAUUAUGAAACAAUUCUAGUUGAUGAUGGGAGCUUGUACCAGCAUAUAAUUCCAACUAGUGCACAUAUGGGAGUUCCUGAGCCGUUCAGUGGGAAUCCCUCCGGUGAUGUCAUAUUUUCUAUUGUCGAAGCUGAUACUCCGGAUUUAUUUCAAGCUACUUGCAAAAAAAUAGGGAAGUUCUUCUUUAUUCAUAUGUCUGUCUCGUUUGACAAACCUACAAGUCAUAAAAAACGCAGCUACCACUUAAAAAUUAAAGCAGUUUUUACAUCUCAUGCCAAUGCAUCAGCCAAAACAAUUCGUUUAACCAAUACUACGGAAGUUGUUGUGAAUGUACUUGAUAUGCACGCAAAUUGCCCUAUUUUUUCCAGGAGUUUAUAUCAUUUUGUAGUCCCUGACAAUAUCAGUAUUCGCGAGUCUGUCGGCAAAUUAUCGGCUAGUAUAUCAGGUUCUAAUUUAAAUGCUGAGAAUUUGUUGUAUGUGGACCCAUCAGAACUUUCGAUUCCUUUCCGAGUCGAUAUGUACUCAGGUCAUAUAUUUCCCACUCGUCCCUUGAAAAGUUAUUUUACUAAUACUGGAUACCUAAGAAAUACACAUAUAGGAUCAGAAUUUGACGUUUUCGAUGUAUCCAACUAUUCCUUUAAUGUCUUCGCUGCCAGUCGUGGUGGCAUUGAUGGUGCAAACUGCAACAUGGUCAGCACUACCACUGUUGAAGUAAAAAUUGCUAAGUCUAAGUUUUCAGACCUAGUGAUAAAGGUUCAACCGUUUGAGGAAAUUAACAAUCCAGGUAUGGCUGGUGUUGCUUAUGCUCGUGUUCAUGUGAUUGAUCCUCUUCCAUCCACUGACUCAUUAAUCAUACUCAAGAUUUUAGAACCAGAUGUGAGAGGGAGGUUUGAGCUUGUGCCAACUCAUGAGACAAAUGAAUGGUUACUCCAAACGAAGUAUAACAUCCACUAUGUUUCAUUAAACUCUUUGAUAGCUUUUACCCUGGAAGCUUACAAAGUUCCUGCUACAAUUUCUAAUUCGGAUGACAGUACUAUAUCAAAUCAUGUCUCACAGUUAAAAAUCAGCAUCCCAGUGGUUUCUAAGUCUAAAUAUAAAUUAUCUUUACCUCCAGAAAUAAGAAUGCGCGUAUCGGAAGCUGCUAUUAUAAACUCAACUAUUGGAAUUUUAAGACCUUACACACUUUUUAAUAUGACCAAUACCAGCUUUGUUUUCACGGACCUUCGUAGUCAGCAUGAGAAAUCAAAGUUAGGUGAAAAGAUUAGAUUGACCAAGAGUGGGUCUCUCGUUGUUGUACAAUCACUUGACUUGGAGAAUGAUGUCAAUGAUCAAAAGUCACCAAGAAUUACUGAAAGUAACAUAAUCACCAUUCCUUUCACUGUUGUAGACGGAAAUAAUUUGUUACUAAGUAGUGCUGCAGAAUCACGUGUGGUCAUUGAAAUUUUCGACAUUAAUGACAUGGAUCCUGUUGUACAGAAUAAUGGGUCAAUAUUUGAAGUGCCAGAAAACGCUUCUGUAAACUCCUCUGUCCUGUCCAUUGUAGCACAUGAUCCGGAUAAGUCGCACACAGAUCUGUCGUAUAUCUUGUAUGACGCUGAAUUCUUACCAUUUUCUUUGUCUGGUCCUCAUCAUAAUAAGCUAAUAAUAUCAAAACCUUUGGAUGCAGAAACUAUGCCAUCUGAAUUCACAGUACGCGUGAAAAUAACGGAUUCCGGAAUUCCACUACCACGUAGUGUUCUUGCUGUUUUUGUCAUUCGGAUAUUAGACAUUAAUGAACACUCUCCAGUUUUUGUGGAGGAUUCUUGUGAAAUAUCUCUACCUGUCACUGACGAAGGUUCACUUUUCAUUCAAACUGGUUCGUCUUCACCAAGUCUGAAUAUAGGUCGGUAUUUUGCUGAAGAUUUAGAUCGUGAUGGUCAGAGUUCUAUUACAAUACAUAUCGCUGCACGCAGUUUUCCAAGACCAUGUUUUAAAGUUGAUGAACAAACAGGGGAUUUGAGUGUUAUCUGUCCAUACUUAGGAUCUCCAGGAAGUCAAAUUAUUCUCAAUUUACUAGCUUCAGAUGGCACAAAGGCUUCUAAGAAAUCAUGUACUUUGUCGUUAAAUUUAGUGCCUAUUCAAGAAUUAGCUGGCGCUAAUUUUACAAGGCGUUGCAAGUCAUCUAACAUAUAUGAUGAAUUACAAGCAUUGAAGGUUCAAAAAAGAAGGUUUGAAUUUUUACUGAGUCAGAAUACUCCUUACGAAAGUCAAAUCAAUCGUCAUCGACCGCAGUUUCCAACAGAUCUGCCGACUCGUAUACAUAUUUUUGAAAAUCUUCCCAUUGGUACAGUUAUUUUAAAGUUUGCAGCCUCAGAUGAAGAUGGUGCAGAUUAUUCAAUGGCUGGGCAGAUUAUUUAUGGAUUGGAAGCCUUAAGAUCAGUUGCUUCCGAGACUGAAGCAUCCUUUGUGGCUGACGCAGAUAUUAGACAGGCUUUUGUGCUACAACCAACUGCUGAAUUGGGUAGAGAAUACAAUAACAACACAGGGACAUUUUGUUGUGGUGUCUCCCUAACUGUUGCAGCACCUCUUGACAGAGAGGUUAUCUCCAGCUAUAGCUUGAUAUUACGAGCAUGUGAUAUGGGACAACCGCAAUUGUGUACUUUUUCUCCACUGCACAUUUUUCUUGAUGAUGUUGACGAUAAUGUCCCAGAGUUCUUACAGCCAAAAUCGGUUCGUCAGUCAAUUGAUGUACCUCAGAUAUCAAAUAGUCCUUCAUUACCGUCAACUCAUACAAAGACAGAGCGGGGUGUGGUUGCCGAUUAUAUCAGUGUCCCUGAAGAUGUGCAACCUGAUACAAUACUAGGUCAGGUUGAAGCUGUUGACUAUGAUGUUACAAGUGAAAUUCGUUAUCAUUUGUUGAAUUAUCAAGACACUUUCAAGAUACACCCUCGAACAGGCAAAAUUCGUUUGAAGACAAAACUCGAUCGAGAAAGUCAAGCAGUAUACGAAAUAUUAGUUUCUGCUGUUGGCUAUCCUCGUGGAAGUGAUCAAAGCCCUCAAAUCAAGAUACCAUACUCUAAUUUAAUGCAAGCGUCUCAAGCAGCUGAUCAUGAAACUUUUCUUUCUUCCACAACACGUGUUCGUAUAGUUGUAACAGAUAUUAACGACAAUCCUCCAGUAUUUCGUUCACCUGGUCUUCCUCAAGACUCUCAGCACAUCUAUUCCAACUCAUCUGACAUAAAUGGUGUAAAUGCUUGGCUUGGUUCAGAUGGAUAUGUUGUUUAUGUCCCAGAAGAUAUUCCUGAAGGUGCUUAUAUAACAACAUUGUUGGCUACCGAUAGAGAUGAAGGAAGGAAUGCAUUUAUCAGGUAUAGUUUAUUUGGGAAACAAGAGAGUAGUGCGACUUGUUUUCAUACUGACCAGCUCACUGGUGUUGUACGUUUAGCUGCAGGAUGUGAUUUGAGAAGAGGUACUCGCACACAUGUACUUACUGCUUGGGCUAUGGAUCAGGGUGCAUCACAAUUAUACGCUAAUAUAUCAUUCAUUGUUCACGUGUUGUCUGUAAAAGUGAAUGUUUUCCCACCGCGUUUCACAAAACAUCCAGCUCUUUUCAGUGGAUGGAUACAAGAAAAUCAGCCUUCUGGAAGCUUUGUUUAUUCAGAACGUGGUCUGAAAUCUAAACUGAAGUUAGAUGCAAUGGAUUCUGAGGGGUUAAAUGUUUUCUAUACUAUAAUCGGCGGUUCAGGAUUCGGUUUGUUCAAUAUAGACAACGAUGGUUAUGUAUACAGCAUGAGAGAACUAGACGCUGAGGCUGUACAAGAUGAAGACGGAUAUUGGUUAGUUAUCUACGCUGUGGAAUCUUUUCAUCAUCCGACACGAUCGAGAUCUAAUCCUCAAAAUUUGGAAUCUCUACUAAUCUCAUCCUCUCCAAGUGGACCUUUACAUACAAUUGCUGAGUUAUUUAUUGAGGUGUUGGAUGAAAAUGAUCACUUCCCGAUCAUACAACUUCCACAUUAUCAUUGUCAACUAGUAGAAAAUUCUCCUGCCAAAGUUAUCUUGGCCCGUAUAACAGCUAGUGAUUCUGAUAAUAAAGAUACAACUAAUUUAACUUAUCACUUGACAGCCGGUGAUCCACAAGGUCACUUUAUGAUAGAUACUAGAACAGGUAUUCUGACAACAACAGAACGUUCAGUGGAUCGGGAAACAGUUCUAAAAGAUACAAGAGGAGUAGUAUUAAAUCUUAUGGUCACUGUAUCUGAUGACGAUAAAUUGAGUCCACGGAGUGUUGAAGUUCCUGUGACAAUUGAACUAUUGGAUAUAAAUGAUAAUUCACCUCAGUUUGCACACACCGCGCCAAAAGAAUUUUCAAAGUAUAGAAAAACUACAGAAAAUCCAGAUUAUUUCUUUCAGUAUUAUGCAACAAAAUCUUCAAAUUCAGUAGUUUGUGUUGGACGUGUUUUUGCCUUGGAUUUGGAUUCUGGAUUAAAUGGGACAGUAAUCUAUGAGCGUGAUACCUCAGAGGAUUUUAAAUCAUCAAUGAAUGACGAUGGUUUUUUUGUAGUUGAGCAAAAUGGUUGGAUUUGUGCGAAAGAUGGUGUACCACCAGUUGGGGAAUACAGAAUGAAAAUUUUUGCAAGAGAUCAAGGAGAACAUCCUCCAGUUGUACGUAUGAAAAAGGAAAAAGAAGGAAAAGAAAAAGAAUCAGCAAUUAUUUUUAUUCGUAUUCUUCCACUUCCAUCCAGUGAUACAUCUGAAUCAUCUGAAGUUCAUUAUAUCAAGUAUACAUCUACUCCGCCACCAGCUAGUCAUACUAUUGAUGAUAAUACUAUUGUUGGAGAAAAGUUAUUCAGCUUUUCAGUUCAUGAUUCAUAUGAUCCUAGUGGAAUGGGAUUAGUUUUUGAACUUUUAACUUCUAAUCAUUCUUACCAACAUCCAUUUGCCCUGGGUUAUACAACACCGACCAGUUUAUUCGUUUAUCUGGCUGAGCCAUUGGACUAUCACCAUUCAGCGUCUGUUUACAAUCUAGUAUUGAUCACUUCAAAUGGUUUAGAAAUGAUAACUACUAAGAUUCAAAUCAAUGUAAAGUUGACGACUAUUCAAUCCAGUCCGCGAUUUCUUACCAGUCUGAUAACUUCAAAAUCUACUGAUGCAAGUACUCUAUCGGUAACAGAUGAUGAUGAUAUGUCUUCUCAGCAAGACAGAAAUGCUUCAAACAGUCAAUAUUAUUUUCAGCAUAUAAUUAUUCAUGUAAAUCUAUCCGAGUCUACAAUGAUUGGUAGUCUUGUUUGUCAGCUUUAUGUGAAUGAAACGCCGCAUGCAGGUGCUAGUCAGAAAUUGCAUUACUCAAUAAUAUCUGUUGAACAAAGUCAAACACGAAGUCUAUUCACUUUGAAUGAAUACACAGGUGAACUACGCGUCAGUGGACUAUUGAAUUAUGAAAGUAUUAAACAGCAUUAUCUGCUGAUUGCUGUCCGUUAUUCCAGUUUACGUUCAUAUACAUCGUAUGCAACUAUUCAUGUCAAUAUAUUAGAUGCAAAUGAAUAUGCACCACAAUUUUUUGGUUUAUACAUCCCUUCAAAAUUGGAAAGUCAUCAUAUCAAUGUAUUAGACAAUGAUUUAGAGUUUCAAAAUCUGGGCAGUUUUACAUUUUAUAUAUCAGGAUUGAAUCCUGUGAAUAGUUCAGUCGGUUGUGUUACAGCGUAUGAUCCAGAUUCUGGUGGAAAUGGAAAAAUCAUAUAUAGCAUUGUAAAAGGUGAUACUUCUGAUUUCUUCGCUAUUGAACCAUUAAGUGGAUGUAUAAUACUAGCCAAAUCACUCCUUCCUAAUUAUGCCUAUUCAACAACAACCGGUGGAGAGUUUAUCUCCGGGCUUAGCUCCAAACUAUUCGUUCGAACUCAUCGUCUUAUUGUUUCUGCAAGUGAUGAAGGCGUACCUGUAUCAAAAACCAAUCAUACACAAGUAAAUAUUCAUGUAGUCCCUGGUCCAGGUGGUAUUGACGCACCAGCGCCUCGUUUCGCCUCAGACAGUGUACUUCAUUUAUCCAUAUAUGAAAAUGUUCCACCUAGUACAGUGUUAGCACCAAUCAUGCGUCAACUUACUCCUGAUUCUGCUAUCCCCGGUUUUGUUGCAUUUCGACUUGUCAGAGGUGAAGCAAUGAAUAUUGUGCCAGAUUCUUUGGCGAAUUCAAAUAUUUCUAUGGAUUUAUUUCAUGUCACUGUUGAUACAGGUUUGUUAAUGACGCUAGUCAGACUAGAUCGAGAAAGACAUGGGGAAUUUCAUCGUCUUGUUGUUGAAGUUAUCGGUACCGGUGGUAUACGUAAUAUGUUCUAUGAUCGUUUAACUAUUCAAGUACGAAUUCUCGACUUAAAUGAUAACCCACCGAAAAUCAUCGGUUCUAGUCGUAUGGUCGGUUGGAUUUCAGAGGAUUCCCCACCUGGUACUAUGGUCGUUGGUCAUUGUAUAGACGAUAAUCUGGUGACGACUUGUGAUCCAAGUUCUAUUGGUCCAAUCACCUUGAAAGCGAUCGAUUUCGAUGUGGGCGUGAAUGCAAAACUUGUCUAUACACUUGUUGGACCUCAAUCGGGCAGUAAUCAUCAAUUAUUUGUUAUUGAUAAUUCAACUGGAGUGCUACGUCUAUCGGAUGAUCAUCAUGUAUCAUUGGAUCGGGAGGCGAAGGCGCAUUAUGAUUUGAUGAUUGAAGUUAGCGAUUCUGGUAAACCGUCGCUUACUGCUGAUCGUUUGAUAAGAAUUAGUGUUGCGGUUACUGAUGUAAAUGAUAGUCCACCGAUUUUUACAGAUCCCUACUAUCUACAGUCUACACUACUUCUACCAACUUAUCCAAAUGAAUUAGUUUUACAAAUUAAAGCAGAGGAUCCGGAUUUGAAUGACUCGGUUCAUUAUUACCUUGUCGGUGGUGAUGGUGUUGAACACUUUACUCUCGAUGAAAAUACUGGCCUUUUACGAGUAGCACCGAAUUCGAGUCUUUCAGAGAUCCUUAUCAACACACCUACAUCUUUUCCAUCAAGAGAUCAAACCUUUUUCCUACACAUUGAAGCUUGGGAUAGUCAUAAACCGAUUGCGCAUAUCAGUCGUUCAAAUGUCACUAUUUAUGUGCGUAGUGUACAUUCUAUGCGUGAAUCAAAACCGCUUAUUCUUGAUCCUGUGGAUGGUUUACAUGUUGAGGUUGAAGAGCAUUAUGCUGGUUCAGAAUUGCUAAAACUUGGUCAGCUGUCUAUUCGUAAUUCUCCUGUUGGUACAAUUUACAGAUUUAUCACACUCAAUCCUCAUCCAGGUAUUUAUGUACAUCCAUUGACUGGAAGUGUUUUUGCCACUGGUGAACAAAACACCACUGAAUUAGACCGUGAGAUGACAACUAACUUCACACUGAAUAUUCUUGUACGUGAUGCACAAAAUCGUAUUGGUACCGGAGCUGUACAUGUACAUCUUAUAGAUAUUAAUGAUAAUCGACCAGAAUUCAUUGGAUUACCAUAUUAUGUAACAUUUUGUGUUAGUUCUAGUACUUCUGCCAGUACUUCUUCACAUAUCCAUGAACAAUUGAAUAAACAAAGUGCUGACUCAAAUCGUACCUGUAAAAGUGCUAAUCGUUUUAGAGUUACUGCUAUCGAUAAAGAUGAUGGUAUCAAUGGGACUGUUGUUUAUAGUCUAACAAGUAUUCGUCCGAGAGCUGAACCACCAUUACUAUCGAUCAAUUCUACAUCUGGAGACGUCUAUCUCCUGAGAAGUCUUCCUUCCGAUUGGACUGGUCGACAAAUUGAAGCUGUUGUUGCAGCUAUCGAUGGUGGCGGUUUGUCGUCUACAGCUACUGUGCAUAUCCAUUUAGUUGCUGAAAAUGGUCCACAGUUUUCAGCCAACCUUUACUCUGCAUCAGUACUAGAAUCUGCACCGAUCGGUGAAGCAGUCACAUCAGUUGAAGCUAUAGGCAUAGAUAUUGGUGCAAGUUUGAUAUAUCGUAUUGUAAAUGCUAAAUCGUUGAAGGCGACGACGUCUACACUGAUGAUGCUGACUGAUGUACUUGAUGAACUUAAAGAACAAGAUUCAAUCGCCUUAGAGGAUUGUCCUUUUACACUGGAAUUCAAUACAGUUUAUCAUAACAAUAAUGGUACAUGUAUUGUUCGAGUAAGCGGUCGUAUAGAUUAUGAGCUGGCAUCGCAUUAUCUACUCCUGUUGGAGGUGAUUGACACACAGACGAGUUUUGCAGCACGUGUUAAUUUAAUAAUUAAUAUAACUGAUGUUAACGAUGUCUCACCAGUAUUUUCAUCUGAGGAGUACUCUGUGUCUGUGCUUGAAAAUGUUCCAGUUGGUUAUCGAAUUUUAACUCUUAAAGCCUAUGAUCCUGACUCUGGAUAUGGUGGACAGAUUAAAUACAGUUUAGAGUUGAACAGUGUCCUACCUGAUUCUAGUCUACAUUCACAUUUUGAGUGUGAUCCUGAGACAGGUGAGGUUUUCGUCGCCAAACCGCUGGAUUUUGAAGUUGUACGUGAAUAUUUAUUUUGGGCUAUUGCAUCAGAUCUGACCGCCAAUCCAUUGGUAACACGUGUACCAUUAUAUAUUCAUGUCUUGGAUUUCAACGACAAUCCACCUUACUUUGACACACCAGUUUCUAUGUCAAUUACAAAUUCUCCUUCUCCAAUUGACAAUAUUCAUCACGAAGUUGGUACUAAUGAAAAUGUGCCUAAUAAUCAAUAA